GUUUUGAUUGGUUGUUUUUGCCGGUUGCAUUCCAUCAAUUUGUAACUCGUUGCGACUGUCAGCAAUUUGAUAUUCUUGUUUUAAUGUUGCCAGUGGGAGAUGACAAAAAGGAUCGCUAUGCCAAGCUGUCCUUUCUCGGCGAAGGUCAGUUUGCCAUCGUUUAUAAGGCGCGCGACACUGUAACGAGUCAAAUUGUAGCAGUAAAGAAGAUGAAGACGGGCAGCCGGGAUGAGGCACGUGAUGGCAUCAAUCGCACCGCAAUGCGUGAGAUAAAAAUCUUGCAGGAGCUGCAGCAUGAGAACAUUAUCGGGUUGCUCGAUGUCUUUGGGCGAUUGUCGAAUGUUUCGCUUGUGUUCGAUUUCAUGGACACCGAUCUGGAGGUGAUCAUCAAGGAUAAUAAGAUAAUACUCACACAGGCAAACAUUAAGGCAUACGCGAUAAUGACGUUGCGCGGCCUCGAAUAUCUCCAUGUCAAUUGGAUACUCCAUCGCGAUCUAAAGCCGAACAACUUGCUGGUGAACAGCGAUGGCAUCUUGAAGAUUGGUGAUUUUGGUUUGGCCAAAUCGUUUGGUUCGCCCAAUCGCAUCUAUACGCAUCACGUGGUCACCCGUUGGUAUCGCUCACCGGAGCUCCUCUUUGGCGCCCGUCAUUAUGGCACCGGUGUCGAUAUGUGGGCCGUUGGCUGCAUUCUAGCCGAGCUCAUGUUGCGUGUACCAUUUCUGCCCGGUGACUCCGAUCUGGAUCAGUUGACGCGCAUCUUUAGCGUCCUCGGCACACCGACACCGAACGAAUGGCCGCAUGUCAGUAAACUCCAUGAUUAUUUACAAUUUCGUAACUUUGUUGGCACACCACUGGAAAAUAUAUUCACUGCUGCCGGCAAUGAUAUGAUCACAUUGAUGCGUCGCCUCUUUGCCAUGAAUCCGCUAAAGCGUUGCUCCUGUCGCGAGGCACUUAGCAUGCCCUAUUUUCACAAUAAGCCCGCGCCCACAGUUGGACCCAAGCUGCCAAUGCCAUCGGCCAUACUGGCGGCCAAGGAGGGCACCAAUCCAGCUGCCGCCGGCGAUGAGAAGCCCGCCCUCAAGCGCAAGGUCGUCGAGACAACGGUGCGCGGCAAUGUAAUGCCCCAAAAGAAGCUGAUGUUUUGAUGGCAUCCCGCCAUCCUAUAUGUUCAUUAAUACAUUCUAUCUAUUCAUUCAGUGUUUAUCUAUCUAGUUUCCAACGCUCGAGCGAUUGAUUGGCAGGUUGUUAAUUAUAAGAGUAUAAAAUAAAAAAUGUUCCAUAAACAAAUCCUUAUCGUCUGCUCGAAUCCAAAUUUGAUUGGAAAACAAAUACAAUAAAAAAUCCACAAGAUUCUAAUAUGGCAGCUGAAUAGAUUUGUGAUAUAUUAUAAAAUGCUUGAUUAAUAAC